GUUUAUACUUUAAUGAAAUUUCUCUUUGAAAUGCCCGUGGAGCUGCUGAGAUUGUAGGAGUGUAUGUAAACAAUAGAGCUGACUGAUUAUCUGUCUCUGUGAUAUACAGGAGGAAGCUGCAGGCUUGCUGAGUAUUUAAUUUUAAGCUCAUUGUGAGCUUAUGUGUGGAUUGAUAUCAAGAUUUUAUCAAGUGCAAUGCGUGUGUGUGUGUGUGUGUGUGUGUGUGUGUGUGUGUGAGACAGAGAAAGGUUGAUGAGCCAGGUCUUGGCCCUUGCGACUUUAUCUCAUGUUACCAUCCCAUCAUCACUUUCAGUAAGAACUUUCUCUUACCUCGUCUCCCUGCCACAUUCAGCACUUCAACGACAAGCUCGAUACUUCACGUGCUUUUGAUUCACCUGGAACAAGGAAAUGCUGCUGUACCUGAGAUAUUGCUGUAAUGAUGGGGGCACAUCAGACAAAGCAAAACAAAUCCUUACCAUUUAAAAAAAAUAGAGUAGAAAAGUAGAUGUGAACACAUUAUUUUUCCAGACAGAGACACUGGGAGCAUCAGGAAUGUCUAUUAAAACACGAGCCAGCUGUCACCAAAAGAAAAGAAAAAAUGAGACCCUUUUAAUUCCCCUUGUUCCUGGUUGCAGGAAACGAGCUUUACACAGCUGUCAGCAGACCUGGCUCCGUGGUACUCCUGUGACAGAGGCCACAGGCUUAUUGUAUGGCUCCGUUUAGACCCAGCUGGAUGUUGGGUGCUUUGAAUGGAUGCAGAUCAAUGGAAACACUACACACAUACUCUAUUUGAAGACUGAGGGGGUGGUGUUUGUAAGGACCCAAAGACAGUAGACCUUCAGUGAGGCUGCCAGGUUUGACUUAUUUACCAUGUAUCCACUUUGCCUGGUUGUACAUUUUUCUCAGAAUACUGUGUAUAAAUAGUGGUUUUAUUGCGUAUUGGAGUUUAGUGAUCAUUAGACUGUGAAUGGUGUUUUAUUUAAGUUAAAAUACUUCCCUGUACUAGAAUAUUCAGCUUGUUAUUGCAACUUGGUAUCGUCGUUCACGCUCUGAUUUUGUGUCAUUUUGAAGAACAACUUUAAUUUGUGUUGUUAUCUCCCCAACAAUCAACAGGAACACUGUGUAUAAGCUAGAAACAGACAGACAGCACUUUCUGAGUAUUAAUAACAACCAUCAUCAUUGUUCAAACCUACAGAACUUUUAGUGUGGAUCCGAGAGUUUUCAAAGAUGCCAGAUAUGUACUUUAAAUUAGGCUGAAUUUUUGGAGAAACAUGUAUAAAAUGAUGCACAAGACAUCUAGAAUAUUUCUAUUUGAGGAAGGGUGUGGCCAUAAAAACAAAGGAGUCAUGGUUUGAUGUGUUAACAUCAUAUAACUUCAAUGAAGAGCUGUAACAAGCCGAGACAAAAUAUACAUGAAACAGACACUUAUAGGUAAUUUUAACUAUCUCAAAGCUCAAAGGGGAAAAAAAUAUAAAAGGGUUAAAGGGUUGAAUUCAGGGCCAAACUUAACAUUGAGGACACUUACUUACUUACUUCUAUGUUCUGAUUCCAGUAUUUUCUAUUUACUAUAUAUACAUUCUGCUACCUUUAGGCCAAUAAAUAAAACAUGUUUUAGUAUUUUCCCAACAGAAUUCCUGUCAGUGAGAAAAGGCAUGUUGGGAAAUGAAAUACAGAUAGUAUCAGUGAUACAUUUUUAAAGAAUUUGAGACUUUAUUUUUGGUGUCUGGUCAAACAUUUCUGAGGGGUGGGGGGACUCAUGACCUCAGUAUUUCUAAAAUCCCAGCUACAGCCCUGGUUAAAUGUACCAGACAAUUCACCAAGCAAGCACUCAGCAGCCAAAGCAAGUGACUGAAAAACAUGAAUGUUUGACUCAAAGAAUAAAACCAAAGCAAGGCAGAAUCUUUUUAGACAAGCAGGAAUAUUUUCACUGCUCUCCUAGUGCAGAUGUAUGUUUGUGUUUUUCAUUUUUCAUGCGGUGUGUCUGCCAAAGUGUGUGUGUGUGCAUGCUACAGUAUGUUGGUUGCCACAGUUACCAAAACGCCAACCUCACUGCGUCAUUGCUUCAGACAACCUUCAGACAAAAAAGAGUCGCUUUUCCUCCCAUUCAUCCCUCCAUCCACUCAUCCACCUGUCCAUCCAUUGUUUAAAAACGGAAGCAGUUUCUCUUAUACAACAAAAUCUAUUUGUGUCUAUAUGUGUGUGUGUGUGUGUGUGUGUGUGUGUGCAUGCGCGUGUGUAUACUUUAAAUGUGUGUGUACAUUGUAUAUAUGUAUGCCCGUUGCCAUGACUACGGGCCGGGCUAACUGGCGUCAUCACUUCAAACCACCUUCGCAGCAAGCAAAGAGAGACAGAAAAGGACUCACAGAAGCUCCCCUCUGUUGAACACCUGCACUCUCUCUCACAUGCACACACACACACACGCACACAAACAGACACACGCAGACAUAGCGCCUGCUACUGGUGUGGUCUCAUAUUCCGCUGAGCUCACCUCAUUCGUUCAACAGGGUCCAGUGGCACAGAAGGAGAGAAGGGGAGAUGAGAGAGAGGAGAACAGAGAAGGCUCGACUUCAUGCAUACUGAUUCGACUGGAGCAAUCUGAAUAUAUUUCUGAGGGUGUCUGCUUAGUCUGGCUCGAAUCAUCCCUGCCUCUUAGGGAGGGAGAGAGAGGCAGAGAACGAAAGACAGGGGAAGAAAUAUUGACAGUUUACUGUGUCACCUUACAUCGCCAUCCUCCGCUCAUGAAAGCACAGCUGGGAGCUGACAAGGGUGCUACUCUACCAAACCUGUCUUAGCGUGACCAGUUGAGUUUGAGUCACAAGGUUUGACUCUGCCUUUUAAUGGCUGACAACGGUUGGUUGCCACAGGAUACAGGAUUUACCUUGAUCAUGUGAUCUGACUCCCUCCCCAGUGCCCUGCCAUCUAUCAUAGGGGGAUCAUGACCCGCCGGCUGAGCAGCUCCACCCGUUCUCACACUGAGGACUCCAUCUUCCUGAGGCCCGACGAGGACCCCGUCUGGCUGGAUGAGCCCACAAAGACUGAAAAAAUAGGCGACGGAGCCAAACAAGACGGCCUCCCAAAAUGCAAAGAUGGACCCACUGGGGGCCAAAGCCCACAGGGAGCGGAAGUGUUUAUGCACAAGGUGUACGCGCUGGUAAUUGAGAUCCACUGCUGGGCUGCACUGUUUGUCGUCUCCCAAGUCACGGGGUACUGGGUGUUUUUUGUGGUGGAAGGAAAUGGACCGCUCUCUUCCAUCUACAAAGCCCUGCAGGUCAUCGACUUCUACCUUAGCUUCUUCUUACCCUGCCACCCAAUUUUUGGAAUGGACUCCAUGGUGUUGAUGAGGGAGGUAGUAAACACCAAACAGCACAAUUGGAUUUUCCACGGAACUGCAGGCAUCGGUGUGGCCAUCUGUGUUAUCCUGGUCGUCCGCAUUGUGUGUAAGUACGGCACUGGCUUGUGGUCGUCAAGAACAGUGUCCUGGGACAUUGGUGAUCGGCGUCAGUCUGUGAGCCGGCAGCCCUCCUUCACCUUGUCAGAGUGGACGGACGCUCAGGAGGAUCUGCUGGACAUGGACCCUGUGCCCCAGACGCCGGUCUUUGAAUUGGGCACUGACACCAGGACGGAGGGAGACGCCGCUACCCUCACUGUCACACCAGUGGGGCUUCAGGAGAGGAGGGGCUCCAAUGUUUCCCUAACCUUGGACAUGUGUACACCGGGAUGCACUGAGCCCUACGGCUACGGAGCCCAGCUCUCCCCCAGAGACCAGUCGGCCCAGGAGUACCUCCGACAGGGAACACACACCCUGACCCCUGCCAUGCUACACACACGGGCCAUGGAUGACCAGACCCUGCAGGCUGAGUUUUAUGAAACUCCCAUGAACUUUGUGGACCCUAAGGAGUACAACUACCCAGGGCUGGUGAGAAAGAACCGCUACAAAACCAUCUUACCCAACACACACAGCAGAGUGAUCUUGAAGUCACAGGAUGAAGAUGAUUUCCUCACUACCUACAUAAAUGCUAACUAUCUCAAAGGUUAUGGGGGUGAGGAGCGUGCAUACAUUGCCACCCAGGGUCCCACCGUAAACACAGUGGGGGACUUCUGGAGGAUGGUAUGGCAGGAGAGAAGCCCAAUCAUAGUGAUGAUCACCAACCUGGAGGAGAAAAACGAGAAAUGUGCGGAGUACUGGCCCGAGGACACUGUGGCCCAUGAGGGCAUCGAGAUCACUGUUGUCACGGUAACCCAGGAGGAUGACUACAGUCUGAGGGUGUUUACUUUAAAGUGUGGGGAUGAGGAGCGCAGUCUGCGGCAGUACUGGUACACCUCGUGGCCUGAUCAGAAGACUCCAGACAAGGCUCCACCUCUUCUGGAACUGGUGCAGGAAGUGGAAAGGGCCCGAGAGGAAGCACCGCCCUCCACUGGCCCUAUAAUUGUCCACUGCAGUGCUGGAAUUGGUCGAACUGGCUGCUUCAUCGCCACCUCCAUUCUGUGCAAGCAGCUGAGGACUGAGGGUGUGGUUGACAUCCUGAGAACCACCUGCCAGCUCCGUCUGGACAGGGGUGGGAUGAUCCAGACGUGCGAGCAGUACCAGUUUGUGCAUCAUGUUCUCAGCCUGUAUGAGAAGCAGCUGUCUCACACUGCUGAGGAGUAGAGUGAGCGCUACAGCUCCACCCAGACCGAGACACACCACUGUACACUGUACCGCCUCAGGUGGUAUGCACCACUGUACUUAGCAUCAUCUCAAUCUCACCCUUUAACAAGUUCUCACCAUUUUAAUCUCUUCACCCAAGGCAGGCUCGCUCAGACAGGACUGAAUGGUUGACAUGAAAUCUGUGCUUAUUGCAUGUCUUUGGGCAGAACAAAUAUAGGGAGGUGGGAUUUGAGAUAGCCCCCAAAAAUCCUGAACAGACACUUUAGUGUCAUUGAUCCACACGGUCCUGGAGAGUUGUAACAGUCAGGCCCGAAAUAAUCCAAGCCCGCACUCCUGACAUAAUUUAAUUUGCACUGCUGAGGUUUUUAUCACGUUACUGUACACAAGUCUCUGUCAUCAAGGCCUCAUUUAGUACUUGGCCUGAAAUAGCCCCCUCACAUACUGUAUGUACAGUUAUCAAAAGGUUAACGUUAAUCAGAUCACCUGCAGUGGUGUCAGUUUGCUGUUAGGAGGAAAUUCCCAAAGUUAGUGUCAAUAAUAAGGGCCCUUUACAGUAUAAAUGCCAGCAUAAUUUAAAUCUACAGAAGUGAUCAAAUGCCAGCCUAAUGUUAAACACUAUAUAGAUGUAAAAGUUCACAUGAAACUUAAGUUAACUAACAUCUUUUCUCUUUGACUCUCAUUGACUCUCACUUUUGAUGUAAAGAAUCAUUACAGAAGGCCUGUUAAACUUUUGAUGCGUUCAGGAGCCACCUCAUCUUCAGGUUGCAUGGUGCUAAGUGUUCAUUAAAGGCAUGUGCAAUGUUAUGGAACAUAGGAAUGUAUAACAAUUAGGUUAUUAAUUAACUAAUUAGGAUUUCUGUGCAAUCUACAGUAUUACAGUUUUACUAUGCUGCCUGUGCAGUCAUCAUGGCCCAUGAUGUUUACAGUAAACAACUCCUACAUUAAGGCCACAUAGACGUACACUUAGAGGCGUCACAGAGCCGGCGACACUGAGGGGACAGAGGCCAGAAAUAGAAUCAGACUGUCAGAAAAAUCAAUGCAAAGCCCAAUCAAAGCUCUGGAGAAUGUGACAUAUACACACAGGGAAAUGUAAUGCAGAGGAAGGCAAAAAAUUGCAUUAAAAAAUGCACCAAUGGAUAAUAUUCUUGUAAAUGUCCCAUUACUAUCAUGAAGCUUGUCGCCCUGAGAGUGUGAUGCUCUGUGAUGCCUCUGCUAUCAACAGUAGCUUGAACACAUCCGUGAAGUAAGAAGCCCAUGAUUGUUGUAUAGACAGGCCAGGCCUAAUCUGUAUGAAGCACAAUAGACCAACUAAGGUUGUCUCUGAUGUUCAGCUGUAAAAGUUGUUGUUUUUUUUUUCCCGUAUUGUGUUUUGAUUGUGUUGAGUUUAAUGGAUUGCAUGUGCUGUAUGGGACUCCAUAAGUCCACAAUCAAAGCGACGUGAUUGGUUGUCCUGCUUUUUGUUGUGUAAAAGGGUUUAAGCCUAUUAUAUUGCUUGCUCUCGGCCAAUGCUUUUGAUACAGUUUGCUUUUGUGAAACCAACCAGAGAUAUUUUUAGAACAUUUUGAUACAAUCCUUUCGAGUAGAUGCCUUGUGUAUAUUUCCGUUUACACCAUGAUGGAAUGUAGCUCAUACUGUGGAUCAAACCAUCGGUUUAUAUUGCAAGAUUUGACAGAACAAAAUGUGACAACUACCUAAGUUACCUUACAGUACAGAAAAUAAAUAGAUUAUGUUCCGUCCUCAGUAUUAUUACUUUAUGCCUUUAGGCUUUGCUUUAAUAUGCUUUGCUCUCUGUGUAUGUUUUUAUCGUUUUCUUGGAGAAUUUUACCUCAGACUGAGUUUUUACGCAGUCCCCAUUUGAUUCCAUCUGUGACUCUAGGCCACUCUCAGUUGACAACAUGAGAGGUAAUUGCUAUGUGUAAGGCAGCUAAAACAGUGAAGACAGUUUUCUAUGUAACAAAAAUCACACUCAAACAACUUCUAUCUUGACUUAAUGCAUCAGAUCAACAGUCAUGAACAUUAUCAGAGGAUGGAAUUAACUGUGUGAGCUCGGACCAAUUUAUAAACAUCAAAUCAACUAGCAAAUUAAACUGCCAAAAUGACCUUUUACAGUAAACUAGGACUGAGAUUGAUAAGAAAAGCUACAAUCUAUUGUCAGACUUUUGACAUAAUCCUCUGAAUCUGAUAAUGUCCAGUGUAUUUGACUGAAAAGCUUUUAUUUUGAGUGCUUGUUUUCAAUGCUUACCUGGUCCUCUUCUGAUGAUCAAAAUGGGGAUGAUGAAAUAGCUAAACAGUCAGACAUCCAACUAACCAGCAAUCAGUAUUCCUCUCCUCUGGUACAGUAUCGCUUUAAGUUGUGAGUUUUUGCAUCCAAAUAAAGGUAGAUUUUCAUGAA